GGCACGCUAGGAGAUUCUUCCUUUUCUGCAUCCUGCUCCCAAAAUUCUGAAAAUUCCCUUAUGUGCUUAAAACUGUGGUAUAGCUGAGAUGCCUGGUUUAAGAGGAAAGCAAGGGUUCAAGCAAGUAGCCUCCUUCUAAAGGAGCUGAUCGCAUGAAGACACCAAAAUGCUGAGAUGGAGAUAAUCUUGAGAAGAUCUCUCAGAAGAGCAUAAGGAGGAUCUACCUCCCUGGGUCUUUCCUGAUUCUCUGAAAUCCUGUGAAGGACAGGACAGGAGUGGGAGAUGGGUAUGUAAACCUUGUCUUUAAAAAGAUUAAUGAGGUGGGUCCUCAAAUGCUAUAAAUGAUUGGACAUACUUCUAGUGAUGGGUUGAACAUCAAGGAGAAAACGGCUAGAACUCAAAAAACAGCUCAGCGGAUUACAGGCAAAGCUCCAUCAGGGAUUUUGCCAGGAAGAUGUCAGGGAUUCAGGAAGCCAGUGUGCGAAGCAUCCGCCCUUACAAGACUAGCGAACAAUACUUGUAUGCCAUGAAGGAGGACUUGGCAGAAUGGCUUAAGGAACUCUAUGAUGUCGGCAUUGAUGUGCAAUCUUUUCUGGAUGUCCUGGAAACAGGCGUCCUUCUUUGUCAUCACGCUAACAACAUCACCCAGGUAGCCAGAGACCUCAACCAGGAAUAUCCAAGUUUGGGCAAAAAACUCCAACUUCCCAUAUAUGGUGUAACCUGUAACGAUUUUGCUCAGCCGGGCACCUUCCAAGCUCGAGACAAUGUGUCCAACUUUAUUCAGUGGUGCCGAAAAGAGAUGGAUAUUAAAGAGGUCCUGAUGUUUGAGACGGAGGACCUGGUCUUGCGCAAGAACGAGAAGAACUUUGUCUUGUGUCUUCUGGAGGUAGCCCGACGGGCUUCUCGUUUUGGCAUGAGUGCUCCUGUCCUCAUCCAAAUGGAGGAAGCCAUUGAGGACGAAAUCCGUGAAGAUAUGAACCUUCCACCAGAUGAAACACUUCUUCCCCGGCCCAAGAGGGAACCUCCUAACUUCAAGAAUUUGGACCAGAUGGUCCAGCACCUUGUAAGCCGGUGCACCUGUCCAGUUCAGUUCUCUAUGGUCAAAGUCUCAGAGGGAAAGUAUCGCAUCGGUGAUUCCAACACUCUCAUAUUUGUUAGGAUCCUGCGGAAUCAUGUGAUGGUCCGAGUAGGUGGUGGCUGGGACACCUUGGAACACUACUUGGAUAAGCAUGACCCAUGCCGGUGUACUUCACUCUCUCACAAGCAGGCCUUGAAGAUGGCCAAUCCUCAGAAGAUGCAGGCUACUCAGGUUCAGCAUGAGAUCACAGCCUGUUUAACAUCCGGGAAAGACAGCUGUAAUAAGUCUCAGCCAGCCUUAAUUGUGAGCAGAUACCAAAGUCCAUUGCCCCCAGUAGAGUGGAGGUCCUAUCAGCCCCACAGUUUAGGUUCCGGGUUUAAGAAGGUUCAAGCGUCCUCCAAUAAUGGUGGCAGCAAGAAAAAUGAAGGACCGCAGACGUCCCGGGAUCAUUCAGAGCUCAGGAAAGCCUCUUCAAUAAGAGUGAGGGAACGAUCCGCAACUCCAUCCCAGAGACUUCUAGGUAGAGGAGAGAGGCUUGACUCCAAGCAGACAGUUUCUACACGGAGUGGCAGAGAGACAUUCUGUGUCUCGUUUUCACCUCAGCAAAAUGGGAGCAUGGAGAACAUCUCACAUGGUUUGAAAUAUUUCUCUGCUCCAAGGUCCAGAAGAGAACCUGGUAGGAUUGAGACAGCAGCAGGGACUCUGAAAACAGAAAUAAAGAAACCAGGACCACUGGGAACAAUGAUACGAAGGGAUGAGGCAUUUCAGCCAGCAGGAAAUAGCCAACGAGCAGGAAACAGUUGUUCACAGAUAUGUUCUACCAGCCCAGAUAAACACUUUAAAACCUCUUACCAACACACUGUUAAAGUCCCAAUGGAAAACUUACAGAGACAGCAGAAAGGGACUCUUGUACAUAAUUGGAGGAAAGAUUCAGUAGCUCAGCUCUCUUCAUCCCCAACGAAGCACCCAGCCCAGUUUCAAAGAGAGGAUAGUUGUUUAAUGACCUCAGGAAAUGUUGGCUCACUUUUCUGCAGGCCUCCGACUCCUAGGAGGAAUGAGGCUUAUCAAGGACUAUUUAGGAAUAGUGAUCCUGAUCCUGCCUUGGCCAAAGAACAUCUCCAGUUGAACAGCAAAAAAAUACCCAGGGAUGAGAUGGGUCCUAAAGAGGAACAGAAUAAGACGGUCAGCAUGGAAGCUUUUGAUUCAUUGCCUUCUCACUUAGGGAUUGGAGUCCAUCACUUGGACUCAGAAGAGAAAACGAAAGAUAGUCAGGCAUUGCAGGGGCAAAAAAAUAUCCUGAGAACUUCUUGUCAGUUGAGCUCUGGAGAUACAAAAGAAGAUCCCUCUGUGGAAAAGGAACGUGUCUACACACCAUUACCUAUUAACUUGGCUGAAGAACGAGCUUUGUAUAGAAGUUUGGAAGAGGAGAUUUUGUCCAAUAUCAAGGAGUUGGAAGCAGAUUCAGAGGACAACUAUCUUCCUGGAGAGAACCAGUUGGAAGAGUUUAGAAAGGACAAUGACUCAGAGACAAACUCCACAAUGGUAGGUUGUAACCUUUCCAAAGUAUCCGUUCCUUCUUUGUCCUUUUUGCAAAGAACCAAGAAGAUCUUGACUUGUAGUGAAGGCGUUCCACGUAGUGGCGUAUAUGUGCCAGAAAGAGACACAAGGUUGCAUCCAGCAGGCCUCCAUUAUGACAGUGUAAUUCAAGAACUUUCCAUGGCCCUCCAUCUGGAGCACAUGGGAACUGACCUUUCUUCUUCCUUUCCAGUCAAUUCGUAUUUGCUGAAUGGAAGCCAGGCCAAACAAAUAUUUGGGGAAAGAGAAAUUCCACAUGAAAACCCUUUAGUGCCUGAAGCGAAGGAGGAUAAGCCACCCUAUGCAAAUAAUGGAGGAUGGACAGAAGUUAGUGAGACUGGUGAUACCCCUCAAACAUUACUGAAUGAAGAAACUCCCAAACCUUCAGAAAGUUCUGUUGUUGCAGAGAAUGUGCAAAGUAAACCAAGGAGAACGCUAAAAAAACCAGAGCGUGUCCCAUCUUUUUACAAGCUCAAGCUACGCCCCAAGAUCCGUCCACGCAGAGAUCACAGGCCUGAGAAGAAGCCUUCAAAGAUCCCCACACCAGUGGCAUACAGAUAUGCCCGAAAAGCAGCUAGCACCCAAGGCCAGGGGAAAGCCCACAGGGCCAAAUGUCAGACUAAGAAUGGCCCAGCUAUGGUGAAAGAAGAGAGCACUGGAAACACAAAAUGUGAGCACAGCUUGUCCUCCAUACAACAGGUGCAACUGAGUCUGACGGAACAGAUAAUGGGUGCUUUGGAUGACAAGGAAACCUGGCUGUGAUUACAACUGAAUAUGCAGUUGUAAUCUUUUGAUAUGCUUAAAGCCCAUCACUCUUCAAAGAUUGCAACCAGAAACUUCCAUCUCUGUGAGAAGGGUACACUUCAAAGAUAGAUAGGUGGUCCUUGACCUAGGACUGCAACGGAGCCUGCCCUUUACAGUCGUUAGUCACAAUGGUUGUAAAACGAGUCAGAUUUGAUGACCCUUUUUGCCACAAACACUGCUGUCAUUAAAUGAAUCAAUGGUUCACAAUGAGCACAGUUUUUGCUGAAAAUUGGAAGUAAGUGCCAGUUAUCAGCAAAACCAUAAUAAAACAUGGUCGUGGGAUCAUGGGAUGCUGCAAAUGACCAUAAAUGUGGCCAUGUCGCCCAAGCGCCUGAGGUUUAAUCACGUGACUGUGGAAGCGGCCUAACCAUCAGAACUUUGCAUCUGGGUUCUAAGUAGCCCAAAGGGGGUAGGAGGUCCAUUGUAGCAUCGAAUGGUCACUAAACAACUGGUCAGAAGUCAAGGGUAUAUCUGGUUGUCAGUCAAGGACUAGCUGCAAAACUAUAUGAUUUGUAUAUGAUAUGUUGAAUCGCAAGGGAAGGACACCCUAGCUUCUACUUCUUUCCUGAAGUUUCCUGAACACUUUCUGAAACUUGAUUACAGAUGCUUCACUUGCACUACUGAGGACUAGAACCCUUUCAUAUUCUUAGGGUUCCACAUCGCUGGAUAUUUGCACAAAGAAAAAAGACUGCUAGAGAAAUCUAUGCCUCUUGAUUGUUGCAUUUUCUGCCAGCUGAAUAACUACAAUUGAUUUGGUUUGAUUUGAUCAGAUUCAUGACGACUCUCGGGGCCAUUUUGUCCCUCUUUCCACAACAUAUUAUCAAAUCUAUUCCUGGUUGUCCUGCUGGAUCAGUCCUAUAUUCCUAGUUGUCAACCCUUUGAGGUAGAGCAGUCUUGAACACCAACCUUAUGAAUACUAAGACUACUUUUAUUAUAUGGUUAUAGUAAUCGAAUCUUGCAAUUCUGAAUGUGCCUCCCCUCCCUUCCCCAUCUUUAUCCUAAAGAGAAAUAGGGAGGGUUAAGUCUGAGACAUUUUUUCAUAUUACAUUUUUGCUUUGGAUUCAGAUUUCUCUUAUCUAAUCAUUGCUUUGACUGUGGAUCUUCUGCCCCUCCUUUCUCAAGGUUAUUCUCACAGCAUAUUACAUUGUCCCACUUAAAAUAGCCUACGCAUGUGUGAAUCUUCCAGAUAAUUUGGAAAAGGAUAUGUUGGCUUGGAAAACCGGAAGUUGCACAUCUGGAAGAUAUCUAAUUUUUAAAAGGUGGCUUGAAGCAGAAAUGCGUAACCUUUGCUGGACCAAAUGCUUUACUUGGCCUUUUAAUGGCAUAAGGGGAGUUGCAUUCCAAAAACAGGGCAGGGCCAGGAAAAUAUAUAUUUGAUUGUAAUUAAAAUGAUAUUAAAUCUAAUUAAGACAUUUAAUAGAA